AUGUCACCUCCAUCUUAUUUACCACGCAAAGAAUUCGAGGAAACCAAUGUGUACAACUAUGAUGAAACUCCAGAAAACAAAUCUUGGGCUUGCACUUUACCAACAGCCAAAGGGUUAUAUAAUCCUGAAUUAGAAAAAGAUGCCUGUGGUGUCGGUUUUACUUGUCAUUUGAAAGGUAUUCCUUCUCAUAAAAUUGUUUCCGAUGCAAGAUACUUAUUAUGCAAUAUGACCCACAGAGGUGGGGAAUUAAAUCCUAAGGAUGGUGAUGGUGCUGGUCUUUUGACUUCAAUUCCUCAUAUUUUCUUUAGAAGAGAAUUUAAAUACUAUUGUGGUGUUGAUUUACCUCCAAAAGGUCAAUAUGGUACUGGUAAUUUAUUCUUUAAGAAAGAUGAAACUGUUUUCAAUAAGUCAAAAAAGACUUUUGAGAAUAUUGCUGAGUCUUUAGGUUUGAAAGUAUUGGCUUGGAGAGAAGUUCCUCAUGAUUCUACUAUUUUAGGUCCUGCUUCAUUAUCUCGUGAACCAUUUAUUUUACAACCACUUGUCGUUUUAAGUGAAUUAAUUGGUAAAGAUAUUUCAUCUGAAGAAUUUUCAGAUAAAUAUCAAGUUGAAUUUGAAAAGAAAUUAUUUAUUCUUAGAAAACAAUCUACCCAUACAAUUGGCUUACAUAAUUGGUUCUAUAUUUGUUCAUUAUCCAACAAGACAAUCGUUUACAAAGGUCAAUUACAUCCAAAUCAAGUUUACAAUUACUACCACGAUUUGAAUAACGUUGAAUUUGAAGCUCAUUUUGCUUUGGUCCAUUCUAGAUUUUCAACCAACACUUUCCCAUCUUGGGACAGAGCCCAACCAUUGAGAUUAGCUGCACAUAAUGGGGAAAUCAACACUCUUAGAGGUAAUAAGAAUUGGAUGAGAGCAAAAGAAGGUAUCAUCAAGUCUAAAUUAUUUGGAGAUGAAAUUGAUAAAUUGUUUCCUAUUAUUGAAGAAGGUGGAUCUGAUUCUGCUGCUUUUGAUAAUGUGUUAGAAUUAUUGGUUAUGAACCGUGUUGUUAGUUUACCAGAAGCUGUCAUGAUGAUGAUUCCUGAAGCUUGGCAAAAUGAUACCCACAUUGAUCCUUACAAGAAAGCAUUUUAUGAAUGGGCUGCUUGUUUGAUGGAACCAUGGGAUGGUCCGGCACUUUUCACAUUUGCUGAUGAUAGAUACUGUGGUGCUAAUUUGGAUAGAAAUGGUUUGAGACCAUGUAGAUAUUAUGUUACUGAUGAUGAUCAUAUUAUCGUUGCUUCUGAAGUUGGUGUUGUUGAAAUUGAACCAGAAAAAGUUUUAAUUAAAGGUAGAUUGCAACCCGGUAGAAUGUUAUUAGUUGACACUGAACAAGGUAGAAUUGUUGAUGAUAGAGAAUUGAAAUCCAAUGUUGCUUCCAGAUUCGACUUCAAAUCUUGGAUUUUAGCUAAUAUGAUCAGUUUGAACGAUUUAACUGAGAAAUUAGAAGCAAGGAAAGUUGACAUUUCUCCAGAACCAAUUGACUUGAAGUUGAGUGUUGCAAGUGAUCCAAGAUUAGUAGCAUCUGGUUAUUCUCAUGAACAACUUUCAUUUGUUUUAGCUCCAAUGGCUGAAGGUGGUAAUGAAGCUUUAGGUUCAAUGGGUAACGAUAAUGCAUUGGCUUGUAUUUCCGAACAACCUAAAUUAUUAUAUGAAUAUUUCAGACAAUUAUUUGCUCAAGUUACUAAUCCACCAAUUGAUCCAAUUCGUGAAAAGAUUGUCAUGUCAUUAGAAUGUUAUGUUGGUCCUCAAGGUAACUUAUUAGAAAUCAAACCUGAUCAAUGUAAUAGAUUAAUGUUGAAGACUCCAAUCUUAGAUGAUUCUGAAUUAUUAGCAAUUAAGAACAUUGAAAAAGCUUAUCCAAAAUGGUCAGUUGCUAAUAUUGAUAUCACUUUUGAAAAGACUGAAGGUAUUCAAGGAUAUAUUAAUACUAUUGAUAGAAUUUGUCAAGCUGCAUCUAAGGCAAUUGCUGAUGAUCAUCAAAUUAUUGUUUUAUCUGAUCGUAAAACCUGUGCUGAUAGAUUACCAAUUUCUGGUUUGAUUGCAAUUGGUGCUGUUCAUCAUCAUUUAGUUAGACAAAAGCAAAGAUCUAAAGUUGCUUUGAUUAUUGAAACUCAAGAAGCUAAAGAAGUCCAUCAUUUCUGUUGUUUGGUAGGAUAUGGUGCCGAUGGUGUUAAUCCAUAUUUAGCAAUGGAAACUUUAAUUAGAAUGAAUGAACAAGGAUUAUUGAAAGUCUCAUUACCUUCUGAUAAAAUCAUCAAGAAUUACAAAGAUUCCAUCGAUGCUGGUAUUUUGAAAGUUAUGUCCAAAAUGGGUAUCUCCACUUUAGCUUCUUAUAAGGGUGCACAAAUUUUUGAAGCUUUGGGUAUUGAUAAUUCAGUAGUUGAUCGUUGUUUUGCAGGUACUGCUUCUAGAAUCAAGGGUAUUACAUUUGAAUAUAUUGCUCAAGAUGCUUUUACUUUACAUGAACAAGGUUUCCCAACCAGAGAAACAAUCAAACCAGUGGGAUUACCAGAAACAGGUGAAUAUCAUUGGCGUGAUGGUGGUGAUGCCCAUAUUAAUGAUCCAACAGUUAUUGCCUCAUUACAAGAUGCAGUUCGAAACAAGAAUGAAAAAUCCUAUGAUAUUUAUGCCAAAAAGGAAAAUGAAGCAGUUAAGAAUUGUACAUUACGUGGUUUAUUAGAUUUUGAUUAUGAUUCUAAUCCAGCUAUCCCAAUUGAACAAGUUGAACCUUGGACUGAAAUUGUUAGAAGAUUUUUCACUGGUGCUAUGUCAUAUGGUUCUAUUUCUAUGGAAUCUCAUACUACUUUAGCUGUUGCCAUGAAUAGAUUAGGUGGGAAAUCAAACACUGGGGAAGGUGGUGAAGAUGCUGCUAGAUCGUUGGUUAAUUCACAAGGUGACACUAUGAGAUCAGCAAUUAAACAAGUUGCCAGUGGAAGAUUUGGUGUUACUUCUUAUUAUUUGGCUGAUGCAGAUGAAUUACAAAUUAAGAUGGCUCAAGGUGCAAAGCCUGGUGAAGGUGGUGAAUUACCUGGUCAUAAAGUCUCAGCAGAAAUUGGUAAAACUAGACAUUCUACUCCUGGGGUUGGAUUGAUUUCUCCUCCACCACAUCAUGAUAUUUAUUCUAUUGAAGAUUUGAAACAAUUAUUGUAUGAUUUGAAAUGUUCAAAUCCAAGAGCUAGAACUUCAGUUAAAUUAGUUUCAGAAGUUGGUGUUGGUAUUGUUGCAGCUGGUGUAGCUAAAGCUGGAUCUGAAAACAUUUUAAUUUCUGGUGGUGAUGGUGGUACUGGUGCUGCUAAGUUGACUUCAAUCAAGUAUGCUGGUUUACCUUGGGAAUUAGGUUUAGCUGAAUCUCAUCAAACUUUAGUAUUGAAUGAUUUAAGAGGUAGAGUUAUCUUACAAACUGAUGGACAAAUUAGAACCGGUAGAGAUAUUGCAAUUGCUUGUUUAUUAGGUGCUGAAGAAUUUGGAUUUGCUACUUCUCCAUUAAUUGCUAUGGGUUGUAUCUAUAUGAGAAAAUGUCAUUUGAAUACUUGUCCAGUUGGUAUUGCUACUCAAGAUCCUGAAUUAAGAAAGAAGUUCCAAGGUACUCCAGAACAUGUUAUUAACUUCUUCUAUUACUUGGCUAAUGAUUUAAGAGGAAUUAUGGCUCAAUUAGGAUUUAGAAGCAUCAAUGAAAUGGUUGGUCGUACUGAGAAAUUGAAAGUUAGAGAAGAUUUAAGAAAUACUAAGAAUGCCAACAUUGAUUUAUCUCCAAUUUUAACUCCUGCUCAUACUAUUAGACCUGGUGUUGCUACUUAUUGUGUCAGAAAGCAAGACUUAAGAUUACAUGUCAGAAUUGAUAACAAAUUAAUUGAUGAAUCUGAAUUAACUUUAGCUAAAGGUUUACCAGUUACUAUUGAUUGUAAUGUUUCAAAUACUGAUAGAACCGUGGGUACUACAUUAUCUUAUCGAGUUUCCAAAACAUUUGGUGAAGAUGGUUUACCACAUGAUACUAUUCAUGUUAAUGUAACUGGUUCAGCUGGUCAAUCAUUUGGUGCAUUUUUGGCAUCGGGUGUUACUUUAGAAUUAGAAGGUGAUACUAAUGAUUAUAUGGGUAAAGGAUUAUCAGGAGGUAGAAUUAUUGUUUAUCCACCUAAGGAAUCUCGUUUCAAAGCUGAAGAUCAAAUCAUUGCUGGUAAUGUUGCCUUUUUCGGUGCUACUUCUGGUACUGCCUUUAUUAGAGGGGUUGCAGCUGAAAGAUUUGCAGUUCGUAAUUCUGGUGCUAACAUUGUUACUGAAGGUACUGGUGAUCAUGGAUGUGAAUAUAUGUCUGGUGGUAGAGUUGUUGUUUUAGGAACUACUGGUAGAAACUUUGCUGCUGGUAUGUGUGGUGGUAUUGCCUAUGUUUUAGAUAUGGCUCAAGAAUUUAGACAAAAGGUUAAUAAAGCCACUGUUGAAUUAUCUCAAGUUACUGAAACUGAAGAAAUCUCAUUCUUGAGAAGUUUAAUUGAAGAUCAUCGUCAUUAUACUGGUUCAGAAGUUGCUGAUGAAAUUUUGAGUGAUUUUGCCAGAUAUUUACCAAAGUUUGUCAAAGUAUUACCAUAUGAUUAUAAGAAGGUUUUGGAAAAGGAAAAAUUAUUAGCCCAAGAAGCCAAAAAGAAAGAAUUAAACAGUUUCUUAAUGACAAUUAGAGAAGAUCCAGAAGCUGAUGUUACCAAUGGAGAAGCUGCUAAAAUCAAACAAGGUUAUGUUAAAGCCCCAUCUGCCAAACCUGGUCCAACUAAUGAACCCAAAAUUGUUGACGUUGAAGAUACUAUUCUUGAUACUGAGUUUGAAAAGAAAGCACCAGUCAAAUUGGAUAAACUUCGUGGAUUUAUGAAGUAUAAACGUCGUAAUGAAAAAUACAGAGAUGCUAAAGAUAGAAGUAAAGAUUGGAAUGAAAUGACAUCAAGAUUAACCAUGGAAGAAUUAAAAUAUGAAACAGCUAGAUGUAUGGAUUGUGGUGUUCCAUUUUGUACUUCAGAUACCGGUUGUCCAAUUUCAAAUGUUAUUCCAAAAUGGAAUGAAUUAGUAUUUCAAGAUCGUUGGUUUGAUGCCUUACAAAGAUUAUUAAUGACUAAUAAUUUCCCUGAAUUCACUGGUAGAAUUUGUCCUGCUCCAUGUAAUGGUGCUUGUGUUUUGGGUAUUAAUGAAGAUCCUGUCAAUAUCAAAUCAGUUGAAUGUGCUAUUAUUGAUUAUGGAUUUGAACAAGGUUGGAUUAAACCAGAACCACCAACUCAUAGAACUGGUAAGACUGUUGCUGUUAUUGGAUCUGGUCCUGCUGGGUUAUCAUGUGCUGAUCAAUUGAAUAAAGCUGGUCAUAAAGUCACUGUUUAUGAACGUAGUGAUAGACCUGGUGGGUUAUUAAUGUAUGGUAUUCCAAAUAUGAAAUUGGAUAAAGGUAUUGUGAAGAGAAGAACUGAUUUAUUAGCUGCCGAAGGAGUUGAAUUCAUUUGUAAUACUACAGUAGGUGAAGAUAUCACAGUAGGUGAAUUGAAAGCCAGUUUUGAUGCUGUUGUAUUUGCAGUUGGAUCUACUAUUGCUAGAGAUUUAAGAAUUCCAGGUAGACAAUUGAAUAAUAUUGAUUUUGCCAUGAAAUUAUUACAUUCCAAUACCAAAGCAUUAUUAGAAGAUAAUUUAGCUGAGAUUAGAAAACAACUUGAAGGUAAGAAUGUUGUUGUUAUUGGUGGUGGUGAUACUGGUAAUGAUUGUUUAGGUACUUCCACUAGACAUGGAGCUAAAUCGGUUGUUAAUUUUGAAUUAUUACCCCAACCUCCAAAUACUAGACCUAAAGAUAAUCCAUGGCCUCAAUGGCCAAGAAUCUUUAGGGUUGAUUAUGGUCAUACUGAAGUUGCAGCUCAUUAUGGUAAAGAUCCAAGAGAAUAUUCUAUUUUAUCCAAAGAAUUUGUUGAUGAUGGUGAAGGUAAUGUUAAAGGGAUCAAGACAGUUAGAGUUGAAUGGAAACGGUCAGAUACUGGAGCAUGGCAAAUGGCCGAAGUUCCAGGUAGUGAAGAAUUUUUCCCUGCUGAUGUUGUUUUGUUAUCGAUGGGAUUCAUUGGACCAGAAGCUGAGAAUUUAGAAGUUGAUAGAACCAAGAGAGGUACUAUUACUACUGUCGAUCCUAAUGUUUAUCGUGUCAAUGAUGAUGAUAAUUUGUUUACUGCUGGUGAUUGUAGAAGAGGACAAUCUUUAGUUGUUUGGGGUAUUCAAGAAGGUAGACAAUGUGCUAGAGAAGUUGAUAUUUAUUUGAUGGGAUCUACUAGAUUACCUGGUAAUGGAUCUGUUGAACAAAGAAAUUAUAAAUUAUUGGAAGAAUUAGCUGAUAAUGUUUAG